UGUUACAGUGCAGGAGGAGAUCAUUCGGCCCAACCUCGUGCCAUUCUCCCCUUAACCCCGCACAUUCUUCCUUUUUCAGGCCUGGUUACUCUUUGAAUGCAUUGAUUGAACCUGCCUGCACCACACUUUCAGGCAGUGCAUUCCACACUAAAAUAACCAAAAGAUGCUGGAUCCCCAGUGCCUGUUUUGCGGCAGCAGCUCAGUAAUGUAAGGCAGGUGGGGACGGUGAGCAGCCAGGGCUGAGUGAGGAAAAAACGCAAAGACUGAUUGAAGGAGAAAGGUCAGGUCGGUGUGGAUCUGAGCAGGAACAUCCUGUUGUUUGCCAGCCAGACGGUGAUGUUGGUAUAGCCAGAAAGCGAAAGAGCCGCGGGCCGCUGUUGAGGAAAGUAUUGGCGUAACCGAUGGGAGCCCUGUCUGACCAGCACUGACCUCGCAACAUCUGGUCUCAGAUUUCCAUCCUGCUGCGCCAGUGACACCAUGAAUGAAGAGUUUUACUUGCGGUAAUAUUUUCCAAAGAAACGCGAAAACUGAAGGGAGGAUGGGCUGUGCAGCUAGCAGUGAAAAGAGAAAGCAUAGUUUUACUCGCCAUGAGCUGACUAAUGAGCUGUGCUCUGAAACCAGGCCACAACACGUUCGCAUUGGUAAUCAGGUUUCACCGCUUGGACACUCUCAGGAAAAGAGAGUUGUAGCAUUGUACGACUAUGAACCAACAAGUGAACGUGAUCUGGGAUUUAAGAAAGGUGAACAACUGAUUGUCCUAACAGAAGAAGGAGAUUGGUGGAAGACAAAGUCAUUGAUUUCUGGCAAAGAAGGAUUCGCACCCAGUAACUUUUUAGCAAAGGUGGCUUCGUUAGAAGUGGAAAAGUGGUUCUUCAGAGAAAUAACCCGCAAAGAUGCUGAGAGGCAACUGUUAGCACCUGCCAACAAAUUAGGCACUUUUUUAAUUCGAGAGAGUGAAACUAAUAAAGGUGCCUUUUCACUUUCUGUGAGGGACUGUGACUCGAAACAUGGAGAAAUAGUGAAGCACUACAAGAUUAGAACCCUUGACAGUGGUGGUUAUUAUAUCACUCCCAGAGCCACAUUCCCCACUUUACAAAAACUUGUUUUAUAUUAUGCAAAAAAUUCCGAUGGAUUAUGUCAACGUCUGAUUAAGCCAUGUCCAAUGCUGACUCCUCAGAAACCAUGGUGGCCUGAUGAGUGGGAAAUCCCAAGAGAAUCCUUGAAGAUGUUAACUAAACUGGGUGCUGGACAGUUUGGAGAGGUUUGGAUGGGUCACUAUAAGGACAAUGUCAAGGUUGCUGUUAAAAUGCUGAAGGAGGGUAGCAUGUCUCCUGAGGCUUUCCUGGCUGAAGCCAACCUAAUGAAGGCACUUCGGCAUGACAAGUUGGUGCGGCUGUACGCUGUUGUGACGAAAGAACCCAUAUACAUAGUGACAGAGUAUAUGGCAAAAGGUAGUUUGCUGGACUUCUUAAAGACUGACGAAGGAAGUAAGAUUCAGCUAGCAAAAUUAAUUGACAUGUCUGCACAGGUUGCAGAGGGAAUGGCAUUUAUUGAACAGAAAAACUACAUCCACAGGGAUCUGCGAGCUGCCAAUAUUCUAGUGGCGGAUACAUUAGCCUGCAAAAUUGCAGACUUUGGCCUUGCCAGGCUUAUAGAUAAUGAAUACACGGCACGUGAAGGUGCCAAAUUCCCAAUCAAAUGGACAGCACCAGAGGCUAUUAAUUAUGGCACAUUCACAAUCAAGUCUGAUGUCUGGUCCUUUGGAGUACUUUUAACAGAAAUUGUAACUUAUGGGAGAGUACCAUAUCCAGGGAUGAGCAACCCUGAAGUGAUUCGUAAUUUAGACCGUGACUAUCGAAUGCCAUGUCCCGAUCAUUGCCCAGAUGAACUCUACGAUGUCAUGAUGACUUGCUGGAAAAAGGUUCCAGAAGAUAGACCCACAUUUGAAUAUUUACAAAGCAUUCUGGAGGACUUCUUUACAGCCACAGAAGGACUGUACCAAUAUACUUAGCUACAAACACCUCUUGGGCUACUGAAGAGAAUAGUUGAUUUAUCCUGAGUCUCAAAUUAUGCACUAUGUUUCCAUUCCUAUUUAGCUGAAAACAUUUGCAAUUUAAAUUGAAUCACUGGGUCUUCAAACAUUUCUUUGUCAGAUUCAAUUUUCUAUUGUUAAGACUGUACUAAAAAGCCAGAAGGUUUGUGCUUGACCCUGGCUGAGCUAUCAUUUGGGCUGAAUUUCAGAAGACUGUACUCUAGUGCUAACAAGAUUUUGCUAACAGAAAGAAUUGCUGGGAACAUGUCAAUAAAAGUGCCUUUCACAUAUUAUGGUGUGUUUAAAAAAAUGUCUUUGCCCCAAUAAGAAUACUCCCGGCAGUUGUGAUUGGGGCAUCUUCUCUGGACCUCUUGUCCAUUAGUCAAAACAUGUUCAUUAUAAUGGAGAUGCAUUUGGAAACUUAUCUUGAACUUGCCAUCCUGAAACUUUCCACAGUAUGUGCCUGAGCUGUUGUGAUUUUGCUGUCUUGGUUUCCAAAAGCAACACUGAGAGCAUGCUGGACUGUACAUUGUAUUUUCAUUAUGUUUCAUGUUCUAUCAUAUAUUACAGUGCCUGACCACUUUUAAACAAAAGCUAUAAUUGCUUGUGCUGAAAUUUCUUUUGCUGAAUUAUUUGUUUUGGUUGGUAAUUUAUUCCAAAUGCAGGACACAUCAGCAGACAGUUCCUCAAAGUUAUAGUAUUUUUGUGGAGAUUUAUGCACUGUUUUGAAUUCUCAAAUUAAAAUGAUGUUUCUC